CGGCUCUGCUCCCGAAACCCUCGCCGCCGCACCAUGCCGCCGCUGCCGCCGGCGCUGCUGGACGAGCUCCUCGAGGAGGUCUUCCUCCGCCUGCCUCCGGACGAGCCAGACCACCUCGUCCGCGCCUCCUCCGUCUGCAAGCUGUGGCGCCGCCUCAUCGCCGGCCGCGGGUUCCGCCGCCGCUACCUCAAGUUCCACGGGGCGCCUCCCGUGCUGGGGCUCCUCCACAACGGCGGGAGAACAUUCCCUUCCGGCGCCCGUUUCGUCCCCACCUCCGCCUCCCGCAGCCGCCCCGCCGACCACGUCCUUCCCGACUGGUUCGCCCUUGACGCCGCCAUGGCCGCGCCCUCUUCGUCCCCUUCCCCACGAGGAUCCGUCGGAAUGUCAAGGAGAUCUCGGGCCUCCUCGUCUGGGACCCCGUGACGGGCGACCGGCGCCACGUGCC